AUGUCUGCAGUCGGAGAUGAAACCACGCGCUUAUUUGGGGAAGAUGAACAAAAUCGACACGGCGGAAAUAAAAGGAACGCUUCUCGCUCGCUUAGAAUUCCAGGUCCCAAGACUCGAGCUUACCACCGGCGAUGGUGGGUGAUGGCGGUAUUUUGUUCAGUGGGGUGUAACCAAUCUAUGGUAUGGAAUACGUGGAGCCCCGUCGCGGAAUCGGCGGAACUCGCCCUCGGAUGGAGUGACGGUAACGUAGCAUCGGCCGUUAAUCUCUCCAACAUCAGCUACCUUAUCUUCGUUAUACCGGUAUGCAUGUACAUGGACACGAAAGGACUGCGGAUCGCAACGAUAUUGGGAACAUUGUUAGUAGCAGUUGGAGCGGCCAGUCGGUGUUUUUCUCUCGAAUAUUCGGCGAUAACGUCGACGUCAUAUCUAUGUGCGAUAGCAGACGGGAUAGGAGCAUCUGUGCCAUUUUCGGGCCCGGCUUUACUUGCGGCAAUCUGGUUCCCCGUGCACCAAAGGCCUCUGGCAACAGCGUUUGCCUCAUUCUUCAACUAUUUCGGGGUUUCUUUAUCGUUUGUUGUCGGGCCUGCGUUUGUACCCGACCCAUAUUAUUCGUGGAGCGCUGCAAACCUAUCCGAUGUGGAAACCAGUGCGAACAAUAAGUCUGACAGAAUAGUGACAAAUAUGGAAGAAAUAAAGUCGGGCAUACGUAAUCUAUUAUACUUCUACGCUGCCCUAGCGGUACUUUCCUUAGGCUUUGUCCUGGUGUAUUUCCCAGCAAAGCCCCCGACUCCUCCGAGCAUCACAGCCUCCGUCAACCGCAUCAGCUACAAGCAAGCGAUGAUGCAAAUUCUGUGCAACCGGUCUCUAUGGCUGGUAGUCGUUGCGGGCGCAAUGCCUAUCGGGAUAGUGGGUACUUGGAUCGCGAUUCUGGACGUGGUUGUAAAACCAAUAGGGGUAACCCAGAUUGACGCAGGGUGGAUAGGAUUUUGGCAUACGCUUAUCGGCUGUUUCUCUGGUAUACUUAUCGCGAAAUUCGCUGACCUUUUCCAUCGCCGAAGAAAGGUUUUUCUAAUGAUUCUUUUCUCCGGCGCCGCGGUGUUUGCAGUGUGGUUUGCGUUGGUAACCAACGGGACGAUUCCAUACAGCGUCGCGCAACUGUACGCCGCGGGAAUCUUGCUUGGCGUCUGCGUAAACGGAACUACCCCGUUGUUUUACGAGAUGUGCGCGGAAGCCUCCUACCCCGUGGCGGAAGGUGUGACGGGCGGUCUCUUCACUGCAGUGAACUGCGUUUUCGGGAUAGUGUUCCUUUCUCUGUUAUCCGUGCCUGGGAUCGGGACGCAGUGGAUGACCUGGGCCGCCGUGGCCUCCGUCGCGGCGGCGGUACCUCUAAUGUGUCUGUUUCCGGAGCGAUACAAUAGAAGCGAUAUCGACAUGCACAUCGCUAGCAAAGAUGUUGAUAAUGUUGUUUUCUAGCUCAUAGGCUAUAACCAGUACACCCGUCAUAAGGCUGUGUAACUGAUCUUGUUUCUAUAAAAAAAACAAUAGUGACUGCUUCACAGAACGUUUAAUCAAAUGCUCAUCGAACUAAAACACUUAAUCUGUUAUGUUGACAUAUUUUCUUUAGAGCAUUAGGGGUACACGGCUACGAAGUAAGAACAAAGAUCUAUAAAUACACAUGUUUCUUGAUAGAAAUUUGGU